AUGCUCAAAGGUACUAUCAUCGUCACAGGCGCCAACGGCGGGCUGGGCUGCGCCAUCGCCAACAAGCUUCUAUCAGAGGCACAGUAUGCCGAAUACCACAUGAUAUUCACCGUCCGCAACGCUCAAAAGGCAACUGCUCUGGCAAAAGUCAUCACUCGUCACCGUGGCAAGGGCCUGCCCUGUUUUCAUGAUGUUGUGCCUCUGGACCUAUCCAAGCUUGCUUCGGGUCGCCGAUUCGCCGACGACAUCAACGCCCGCGUCACAGCGGGUACCAUUCCACCGAUCCGUGCCCUGGUGCUGAACGCGGCAUGGCAGGAAUGGACGACAGCGAGCUUCACCGAGGAUGGCUUUGACAUGUCCUUCCAAACCAACUACCUGACUCACUGGUUGCUCACGGUCAAGCUGCUGCAGAGCAUGGACAAGAAGGAGGGUAGAAUAGUCAUGCUGGGAAGCUGGUCACACGACCCCGACCAUCAUGGAAACAACACGCAGGGCUUCUUCAAGGGUGAACAGUGGCGGCAGCUCCACCCAAACACCGAGGCAGUGGCCAAGGGGACGUUCAGUAAACCCGAGUCCUUGCCGGCCGGUGGACACGGUUUCCGUCGCUACGGCGCCUCCAAGCUCUGCCAGAUCAUGAUGGUGUACGAGCUGCAGGCGCGGCUCGACACCGACCCGGCCCUUUCCAACAUUGCCGUUCUGGGCAUCGAUCCGGGAGCCAUGCCCACGUUGCUGACUAGACGGGCCAGUCCGAUCUUCUUGUUUCUGGCCAGGGCGAUAUUCCCUCUCAUCAUCUUUGUAAUGGGGUGGUUUUCCGAGAAUCCAGACUUUCGAAGCUCCAACAAGUCUGCCAGAGACGUCACGGCAGCUGCUCUGUCCAAGAAGGAGCCCUAUGGACAUAGUCCAAAGGCUGUCUACUAUAACGGGAAUGAGAUCGCGGCUUCGAGUGCCGAGUCGCGUGAUAAGAGGAAGGGGCUUGAGCUUUGGAGAAGCAGUGUGGAAUACACUGGCUUGACAGAAGGGGAGACUUGCUUGCAGAAUUGGAAAUAA